GCAUUCUUUUAACAAUUUUAACUCGAAUAUGUAAAUAUAAAGUUAUGUGUUGCGUUCAAUUAUUACCACCAAUUUUUCUAUACUGAGAGCAAUAAAUUAUGUUAGGUUCUGUUCAAAUUUUAGGAGAAGAUGUUGGAGAUAUUGAUGUUCGUGAUAUGUGUGACUCUCUUCGAGCCAAUUCCAUUCGCUUGUUAUCCUUACGAGGUUGUAGAAUGAAAGAUUAUAAUUUUAAAAAAUUAAUGGAAUCACUGAAAGUAAAUUCAUCUCUUGCACAUUUAAAUUUGAACCUUGGGCUAAUAAGUACAAAAGAAAGAGCUUUAUGCCUCGCUGAUGGUUUAAAAGGAAAUACAAGUAUCAAUACUCUUACAUUACAUGGAAAUCCACUAGGUGAUGAAGGGUUAACUAUACUAGUAAAUGCAAUUGAAAACCAUCAUCAACUACAAACUUUAGAUGUAGGUGACUGUCAGUUAGGAGAUCAAGCAGUAUCAAGCUUGUGCUCGUUACUGAAAUACAAAUCAAAUGAAAUUAAUUUACUUGAAUUAACAUUAACUGGAAAUAGAAGGGUUACACAAAUAGGUUGGGCAUCACUUGCAAUGGCAAUUGCUCACGGCUCACGUUUACAGAAACUUUAUCUUGACUAUAAUGAUAUCGGAGAUUUUGGUGCUGGGCUUUUUGCAGUAGCAUUAUCUUCAUCACCAUACUUAAAGUAUAUAGAUUUUGAGGGUUGUGAAAUUUCUGAUGCUGGAGCAGAGAUGCUUUGCGACUCCUUGGAAUGUCACAAUAACACUUUAUUAGAACUAAACUUACAAGGAAAUAAAAUAAAAGAAGAAAUACUAAAUGAGAUUAAGGAAUGUUUGUUAGAAAACAACAAUGCAAAAAAAUUUAAAUGAUUUUUUUAAUAAAUUUUCGAUUUAAAGCUGUAUUUUACACAGAAAAAAAUUUUUAAUUUGCAGUUUAUUUUUGCUUUGUAAAUAAUUGUUAUAUUAAUAACUUAUUGUAUAAUAUUAUAAAUGAAUAUAUAAAUAAUAUAUUGCUAU